GCGUUAUUAGUGCACGUUAAUCUCGGGUCGACGGUCUUGUUAAUCCGUUCGUCACGUCGCGUGUACACAUCACACACACACAUACACACACACGGUCAUGAUGUUUUAGAAUUUCGCGACGUCAAACAAUAAUAAUAAUAAUAAGAAGAAACCGUUUAUUUUUUAUUAUUAUCGCUUUAUGAAUUAUUAUUAUUUUUUGUCGCGAUGAACGGCCGGAAGAAGACGUCGUGUCCGUCGUCGUAGUGCGGUGUCACGGCUGCAAUAAUAUACAUUAAUAAUAAUAAUAAUAAUAACAAUAAUUAUAAUUAUUUUUAUUACGAUAUAGUUCGCCGUCUAAGUACCAACGUGUAGUGCGUUCACGUGCGUGCGUGCCAGUUUGUGCGUGUGCGCGAGCGCUCCCCGACCGCCGCGUGCAGUGUGAAUCGCGCGUGGAGGCGGACCCGCCGCGCCGGGACCGCGGUAAAUGCUCGUGGCCGCGGUCGGCCACCGGUUGCCGGAUGUCGACGCCAUGGGAACAGCUGAUCAGCUCGACGAUGACGCCGACCACCGCGGUGGCGGUCAAGCUGGCCGUCACGGACGAGCCGCCGGAACCGACGGAUCCUAACGGCACCGUGCUACCCGGCGGUUCGGCGGCAUCCGCCAGCACAGCUGGUGGCAUAUUCGGCACCCUGCACAGGCACAUACCCAUACUGUCCAGGCUGUCCAACAAGUCCGACAAGGCGCACUGCAGAAAUGUGGAUCACGUCAAGUGUAAUGGACAAUCUCAACCAAUGUACAGACAACCAAGAUUCAGCUCUAGAAGGCAGUACAGAAGAGUAGUAUUCAAACACGGUGAAUGUAAUGUUGUUCAAGGAAAAGUAGCUAAAAGAAGAAGAAAAUAUUUACAGGACAUAUUUACGACACUCGUCGAUGCUCAAUGGCGAUGGACGUUGUUAGUGUUUUCAAUGAACUUCAUGCUCAGCUGGUUAGGGUUUGCCAUCGUAUGGUGGCUGAUCGCACUAAACCACGGCGAUUUGGAAUUCUCGGUAAGGGAUAAUAACUCAACGUGGGUACCAUGUGUUCGAGAAAUGUAUUCUUUCACCUCGUGCUUUCUGUUCAGCGUCGAAACUCAGCACACAAUAGGUUAUGGUUCCAAACACACGACCGAAGAAUGUCCUGAAGCAAUAUUCAUUAUGUGUCUACAGAGCAUAGUAGGCGUUAUGAUCCAGGCAUUUAUGGUGGGCGUGGUGUUCGCCAAGUUGUCCAGGCCGAAAAAGCGCACGCAAACGCUGUUGUUCAGCAGAAACGCUGUGAUCUGCCAAAGGGAUGGCAUUCUGUGUCUCAUGUUCCGCGUGGGUGACAUGAGAAAAUCUCACAUUAUCGAGGCACACGUCAGGGCGCAGCUAAUAAAGAAAAAAAUGACAAUAGAAGGUGAGCUAUUACCGUUCCAUCAACAGGAACUUAAAGUCGGUGGUGAUGGUGAAGAGGACAGGAUAUUCUUCAUAUGGCCUACGACUAUUGUUCACAAAAUAACUCCACAGUCGCCGCUGUACAUGCUUUCGGCUGCUGAUUUCCUACAACAGAAGUUUGAAAUUGUCGUCGUCCUAGAAGGAGUAAUAGAAUCCACGGGAAUGACAACACAAGCUAGGUCAUCGUACCUGCCAAAUGAAAUACUUUGGGGACAUAGGUUUGAUACAUUAGUGUCAUUCAAAAAAGAAACUGGUGAACACGAAGUGGAUUAUAGUUUAUUCAAUAAUACGUAUGUUGUAGACACGCCGCUUUGCAGUGCACACGAUCUGAAAAAGCUCAUUUCGCUUCGGGCUCAUACUGAAAUGCACCAUAUGCAACCCCUGCAAGACCACUCCACCAACUACAGCGACCCGUCGGACAGUACUUCCGGGUCUAGGAAUUACAAGCCCCGUAGUGAACUACACGACAAGCAAUUGUCCACCAGUGACCUGAUGAUGGCCCAACUGGAGCCGUUCCUCAUAAAACCCGGCGAACUGCCCGGGCCAGAAUCAUUCCUGUGACGAUUAAUGAUCUACAACGAUCAUUUGCUGCCACCUAAGCUGAACACCGGAACCACCAUCGUUUCGUAAUAAGCAGGGGCAUCCCAAUCAUCUUCCACUCCCAAAAAUUAUUGUGAUCUUCUUAGACGUUAUUGAUUAUUAUAAUAUUUAUUGUACUUUGGUUUUUAAUAAAAUUAGUUUAAUUUGA